AUGAGCCACAGGACCUCCUCCACCUUCAGAGCGGAGAGAAGCUUCCAUUCCUCCUCAUCUUCCUCGUCCUCCUCAGCCUCCCACGCCCUCCCGGCCCAGGACCCACCCAUGGACAAGGCCCUGAGCAUGUUUUCUGAGGAUUUUAGCAGCUUCAUGCGGCCCCACUCGGAGCCCCUGACCUUCCCAGGCAAGUCCCCCUCUGCAGCGCGUUCUGGGGGGCCAGGCAACAUCAAGACACUUGGAGACGCCUACGAGUUUGCAGUGGACGUGAGUGACUUCUCCCCCGAGGACAUCAUCGUCACCACAUCCAACAACCACAUCGAGGUUCGGGCUGAGAAGCUGGCAGCCGAUGGCACAGUCAUGAACACCUUCGCUCACAAGUGCCAGCUGCCGGAGGACGUGGACCCCACAUCAGUGACCUCAGCCCUGCGGGAGGAUGGCAGCCUCACCAUCCGGGCUCGGCGCCACCCACACACAGAGCACGUCCAGCAGACCUUCCGGACAGAGAUAAAAAUCUGA